AACAAAAAACGCGCGCAGCCAGCACAAACAAACAUUAUCCGUCGUCGCAGCUGCAAUUACAGUUUUUGUCAAUUUGUUUGUCGCAAUAUAAUACUAAGUUAAAUCAUGCUCUGUGAAGAUCAAUUGAUGUCGGUGGACAACACACCAGUUAAGGGCUCCGGCAGCCUGAAUUCCUCAGCGUCCUCAAUCUCGAUAGAUGUGAAGCCCAUUCGCCAGAGCUGGGCCAAGGAGGUCCGUGCCGAAUUCGGACAUAGUGACGAGGCAUCCACAUCGCUGAACAGCAGCGCUGCCAGCAGCAAUGCCGACCAGGGCCCGGUGUGUGUGAAGAUGGAAGCAACGGAGGUGAAGCUGGAGCUUGUGGACGGCGUAGACCGUGGGAUGGCGUUCGAGUUUCUGGAUGAUGUAAAUGAGGUAAAGUUUGAUCGUCUGCUUAAGGAGGAAAAACUAAAGACCCCCUACAAACGACGCCACUCGCAGACGCCACCGACUAACGAAAACAGUCGCUCCAACAGCCCGAAUAGCAGCUUGUCAUCGGCCAGUGGCGAUCCGAAUCCUAAUGCAAAUGCAAAUACAAAUCCUAAAAGCAAGCAAAGCAAUUUCAAGGGCCACAAGGAGGAGAAACGCGUGCGCCACAACAGCUAUACAUCGUCAACUUCAUCGUCCUCGUCGUACACCGAGGCUGAUCCCGCCGUCUUGUCGCGCCGUCAAAAGCAAAUCGACUAUGGCAAAAACACGGCCGCCUACGAGCGGUACAAUGAAAUGGUGCCAAAGGCAACACGUUCGCGCGAGAAUCCUCGCACGCCGAACAAAUAUGGAAAGUACAGCCGCCGCGCGUUCGAUGGCCUGGUGAAGAUUUGGCGCAAGAGUUUGCACUUCUAUGACCCGCCCACACAACGCCGCGGCGAGGCCUCUUCCAAUACCGACUCUGACUCAGACUAGGAGAAGAGCAGAAGAGGCUGCGCGGGGUGGUUAAUGUUUGUUUCAAAAGGGGUAAUAAUAUAAUUACUAAAAAUAUAAGUACAAAUUCUAUGAAUCUAACGCAUUACAUUUACUAUUACAAAGGCGUCGUCCUGUACAUGGAAUUGUUACCACAUAUGUUUUGUUAAAUAAAAUGGCGUCUUUAUCUUCAGAAUUACU